UUCUGCACUAUGAAAGAACCAAACAUACUAAUCAGAAGAAAAAGAAUCAAGAAAUGCUUCAAAGAAAUGCUACUAAUCGAUGAGCAAGAGCGUGUACUUAUAUUAAGCAGUCUUUGGAACAUCUCUAUGAAUCAUCCCGAUGACCCAGAGUUUCCAUCUUUAGGUAUAUUCAAAUGCAUGGUUAGACUACUUAACAAGAGCAUCAACGACAAAUCUUGGCUUCUUGAUGGCCAAAAUAUAUAUAGCCCGUAUUAUGCAGCCCAUAUAAUAGGAUCAUACACCAUGAACAAGAUUGAGUUUGCUGAAAAGGCUGUCGAGUCUGGUAUCAUUCCACCUUUGUUGGAUCUUUUAAAAGGAUGUAUGAGUUGGGUGGAGCAACGGGUUGCAGUUAGAGCUCUUGGACAUCUAGCAAGCUAUGAUUCUACUUUUGAAAUGUUGGCAGUUUAUGAAGAAGAGGUGGUUAGUCUAAGCAUGGGACUAGCUUCUAGGUGCGAUGAGUUGGUCUAUAACGAGUUUGUGUCUGUUAAAGAUGCGGACGAUAGGGUGAAGUAUCAUAAAAACUUGAUCACUAGAGGGGUAGGGGGGUUAGAAAUGGAGAACCAAAAGGCUGAGGAAUGGGCUAGCCAAAUCCAGUGUUGGUCUUUGCACUUACUAAAUUGCUUCGCCAUUAGAGGGAGAUCCAUAGAUCGUAUUUGUGAUAAUGAUUUCUUGAAAGAUUUGAGUUCAAUGUGGGGUGGGCUUGUGAAUCAUACAUCACCUUCAGGUGUGGGUUUGAUUAGGAUCUUGUGCUAUACUCGAAUUGGAAGAAGAAAAAUUUCUGAAUGUCAAGAGGUUAUCACGAGUAUUUGUAACCUCGCGAGAUCUUCAGAUGAUUGGCAGUAUAUGGGGAUUGAUUGUCUUUUGUUACUUCUCCAUGAUAUGAGCACAAGGUACAAAGUUCUUGAGUUUGUAUCUUUUUAUUUGUUUGAUUUAAUUGAGCUUCGGAGACUAGGUGAAAGGUCGAAACUAGGACAGAAAAUCACAAAAGCACUGCUGAUUGAUUUCAAGAAUGGGCAAUUAAGAACCGACAACCCUGAAGUUGAUAAAAUACUAAAAGAAAUAUGGGUUACAAAAGUCGAUAAGAAUAGAAGAGAAAGAUUGAUGUCAGAUGAGAAGCUUGAAGAAAAACGAGUCUUGGUGAGUUUGAUGAAACAACAAGCAAAUCAUAGCUUUUGGUUAGGCGAUAUACAAAAAGCAGUUACGAAAUAUACAGAAGCUUUAGAAUUUUGCCCGUUAAGACUAAGGAAAGAAAGGAUUGUACUUUAUAGUAAUAGAGCUCAGUGUUAUCUACUUCUUAAUAAUCCAGAUAAUGCAAUUAGUGACACCACACGAGCUCUUUCGAUAUCAAAACCAGUAAAUUCUCAUACUAAAAGCUUGUGGAGAAGAUCACAGGCUUACUAUCUGAAAGGGUUGGCUAAAGAAAGUUUGAUGGAUUGUUUAAUGUUCAUUAAAGCUUUUGUUACCGAGAACAAGAGAAGGAAUGCAAAAAUCCCUUAUUAUGCAGUUCAUAUGGUCAAAAAACAAAUGGAUUCCACAUGGUUUUUUGCAUCUGCCAAGUUAAAGCUAUCAAACAAUAUGAGAUCACGCAGCGAUCCUGGAAAAACCAAGGAGGAAUUCACUGAUGAUGAACUAUUGUUGGCAGGAUUAUAUACCAUUUUAGAGGAACCUAGGAUCGGAAAAGACAAAGACGCUAGCAAGAGAAAGAUGCAUAGAUAUGGAAGACGGAAGAAUUCCUUCAAGACUAGAUCAAUAUAA